CCUUCUCUUCCACCCCUCAAAGUACUCGAUGUAUAGUUAAAAAAUGGGAGGGCACACUUGAACCGAGCUGCUCUAUGAAGGUAGGCUGCAGCGUGUGUUUAUUGAUGAGAUGAAAAGAAGAUGGAAGUGAGAAAUGAAACAAAGUAAAGGAACAUAUUAAAAAAAAAAACUACACGCUCUUCGUCGGGGGAAAACAGGGGGAGCCGUGGAAACGCUGUCGCCACUUUUUGAACGAGCUUCGAAGUACAGAGCAACACAUGAUUUGGACAGAAAGGACUGACAGCCUUGCCUAGCACCCGGCCUCUGAUCAGACCAUCUCCACCAGCAAACUGAAGCUUGACCUGCACUUCAUCACCAGCCACACAAACAUCUUCGGAACAAAACGUCAUCUAACUGUGACAUCAGUUGCAAGGGGAUGACCGAGCGCAUUCAUAACAUCAAUCUCCACAACUUCAGCAAUUCUGUACUUGAGACCCUCAAUGAGCAGCGCAACCGUGGGCACUUCUGUGACGUGACUGUUCGGAUCCAUGGAAGUAUGCUGCGAGCUCACCGGUGCGUGCUGGCUGCUGGAAGCCCCUUCUUUCAGGACAAGCUGCUCUUGGGCUACAGCGACAUUGAGAUCCCUUCUGUGGUCUCAGUGCAAUCCAUCCAAAAGCUGAUUGACUUUAUGUACAGCGGGAUUCUGCGGGUGUCUCAGUCAGAGGCCCUGCAAAUCCUGACCGCUGCCAGCAUCUUACAGAUCAAGACCGUGAUUGAUGAGUGUACGCGCAUCGUGUCCCAGAAUGUGGGCCUGGCCGGGCCGGGGGGCUUCCCUGGUAUGCCAGGAGACUCUGGUCAGGAAACGCCCCGUGGCACGCCAGAGUCCGGCACCUCUGGGCCCAGCAGCGACGCAGAGUCAGGUUAUAUGCAAGCAACAUCACAAAGCAUGGACCGUGCAUACACAUCACUGUACUCCUACCCUGGCCUCACUCUGCAGAACGGCACCCGCGAGCGUCCCCUGUACAUUAACCCUAUGUCGACAAAUUACGAUCCGACUCUAAGCACUCAGGAGGUCCAGCAAUCUCAAGAUCCACCCUGGAUGAACCGCAUUCAGGAGAGAUCUCAGCAGGUCGACCGCUUCAUCUCCACAGCAGAGUCCACCCACUGCCGCAAGCAGCCCCGACCGGUACGCAUACAUACAGGAGGGAUGCACAUAAAGCAGGAGGCCGAAGACGAGCACAGCUGCUACGAUAAUAUGGGGGACUGCCAAGACGACACUGACCAUAAUGAGGGUGUGGAGAGUGAAUCCAAGGUUGAAAGUUUUGACUCAGGGGUGAGCUCCUCCAUCAGUACUGAGCCAGAUGCUAUGGAGCACCAGCCGUACCUGACGGGCUUCGGCCGAGACGGGGACGGUCAGCAGGGUGAAGGAGGUCCAGUGCAUAUAGAGGUCAAUGACUCGUCCCCAGAGCAAGUGCAAGACCCAGAGGACGGGGACACAUCCCACAGCACUAGUGACAGUAGCAUGAUGCAGACCCUGCCAAACUCAGUCAUGUCCCAGUCCCUGUCAAGUGCCCCGCACUACAUGCGCCAGGCAGAAUCACACACCAGCAAUCUGAGGAUGCCGCUUACCGUGACCAGCAAUUCCCAAGUGAUGGGCACUGCUGGAAGCACCUUCCUGCCCACGCUCUUUCCUACACAGUCGAAUAGAGACAAGUCUUUCAUUUACCUUCCUGGCCAGCAGCAACCCCAGUUUGUGAACGUGCCGCCUCCUGCAAUGCCAUCAUUCCCGAACCCCAUGUCGGUACAGCAAGCGCCAUCGCAGCAGCAGGUCGUAGGAGGACUUGGUCCGGGGGAAAAGAAGCCCUAUGAAUGCAGUCUCUGCAGUAAAACCUUUACUGCCAAACAGAACUACGUCAAACACAUGUUUGUCCACACUGGUGAGAAGCCUCAUCAGUGCAGCAUCUGCUGGCGCUCUUUCUCCCUGAAGGAUUACUUAAUCAAACACAUGGUGACACACACAGGGGUGCGGGCCUACCAGUGCAGCAUCUGCAACAAGCGCUUCACCCAGAAGAGCUCUCUCAAUGUCCACAUGCGGCUGCACCGUGGAGAGAAGUCCUAUGAGUGCUACAUCUGCAAGAAGAAGUUCUCACACAAGACCCUGCUGGAGAGGCACAUGGCCCUGCACAACACAGGCAGCGCCAUCACGGGGCUGUCGGGGAGCGCAGGUACCCCGGGCCCGGUCUCCAUUCCCAUGCCGAUGGCCGUCCCUGAGCCUGGAGCUGGAGUGGUGGCCCUCGCCAUGCCAGUGAGCGGAGGUGCUGGAGUCGGGGCUGGGGUUGGAACAGGAGUGGGUGUAGCUGCAGAAGCGAGCUGCCAAGAAGGGACCACCUACGUGUGCUCCGUCUGCCCUGCCAAGUUCGACCAAAUGGAGCACUUCAAUGACCACAUGCGAAUGCAUGUCUCCGAUGGAUAAGUACUAAUAGAUAAACUUCUUUCAAAAAGAAUGACAAAUAAAAUGGCACUAGAUUUUCCUUUUCUUAUUUUGAGGUAUGAAGAGUAAUGAGUAUAGACACUGGCACAUUAAGUUUCCCAAAAAAAAAUUAUUGUUUUUUUGUUUUUUUCUGUUAUUCUAAAAGAAAAAAAAGAUGGUGGCCUUAAGGCUUAGUAGUUUGAUAUUGAUCUACUGGAUGGAUCCUAACUACAGGCCUCUAAAUGUAUGCUUUCCUAAAAUAUUGAUUUAUGUGUUGAACACUACCGAAAGGCCUACGAAAGAAACACAUACACACAAACACACCUUUAGUGUAGAUAUGUCUGAAUGAAUAUACAUGUGCAUAUAUGUUUGAGCGUUAGUGUAUGUGUCUUUUUGUCUGUGUGUGUGCGUGUGUGUGUGUGUAUGUAUGUAUGUGUGUGUGCGCGUACGUGCAAGUGUAAGUGUGUGUGUGUGUGUGUGUGUAUGUGUGUGUGUGUGUGUGUGUAUACAUUGCCAUGAAAUAUUAAUCAUGGCAGUUGUGAACCCAUACUGACCAGUUUGGAAACUAUAGAUGUCCAAGCUUACUGUGGUAUAAUUUACAACAACAAUAACAAAAAAAUCAUCUAGGGUUGGGCUACAUAUUCCCUCUAAAAAAAUACUGAUGGUCACAAGAUUGCCUUCUUCUGUAAAAUAAAAAAGGAGAGUAGUUAAUUUGACACUGGGUUUUAUUUAUUCCUAUGGUAUUAAGGGAUUAUAAUGCAGCUGUUGUCAAGGUACCAAUUUCAAUCAUUUUACUGAAAUAUAACUUCCUGUCAGUGGUGACAGGGACAAAUAUUUCUCAUAUGUUUUGUAAUUGUUGUCCAUGCAUUUUGAUGGUUAAGAUUACGUUUACUAAAUUAGGGUGUGUUGAUGAGACAGUAUUUGAGCAAAAAUAUGUUUCUUUUUUUCUGAAGUUUGGAGUUUAACUCAUUUGCACACACUGCCACUAAUAUCCUAAAAGACUGUUAAGGCUAGUAGACCUCUUCCAUUUCAAAACAUGAGAAAAAAAGAAAGAUUCUUUUGCUGAUGUUUUUUUUUUUUUUUAGCCUUUCACAUUCACAGUUAUGGCAGGCUGGCAUAUGCGACUAAACUCUCUCCUUCAUAUUUGCUGCUCCUCAACUUGCACCUGACUGUUAUGGGAAGUCGAUUCAAAUUGUCACUUUAAUUAUUGUUAUUGAUCAGCCCACAUGGUUGUAAUUUGAUAAUUGGUUUAUAAUAUUUGGGGGGUUUAGGCUUGUCGUUGAUUGGAACAGUGUUAAAGAGGGAGGGAUUUAAUUUGAAUCAAUCGGAAAUAAAUGCCAUCCUUAUCCUGAAACCCCUGUAUAACCCAUUCAUGACUAUUGCAAAGCUAUUUCAGCAAGUGGGAGCUAAAUGCACAACUCUUUAUGUAUUGGCUCCACUCUGCAGCUCAAAUGGCAUGCAAUGUUAUGAAAGGAAAUGCAGUCUCAAAGCAAAACAAGUAGCUCCUUUGAAAUCACACUGUUUUGUUAUAUACCACAAGUUGCAGAUGGACUUAUAGACAAUAGUAUACAUUCCAGAUUUUUCUAAAAACCUACACAGCAUGUACAGAAUAGAUUUGGAAGCUAGUGUGCAAAAGUUGUCAUCCAUGCAUCACAUCAUAUAAGGUUCAUUUCUAAUAUUUGAAUAGUUUUGUAUUGCUUUUUAUUCAAAAUAGGACACACACAAACACACACAUGCAACUGCCUGCAACUGCAAUCUGGAGGAUUUGCUCAUUUAUGUGAGCAAACACUUUCGUAGUUGUAUUGUUAAAAAGAAUAACAAACUGCAUACAGUGGUCUUAAAAAGACCCGCUGUAGAUUCAAAAAAUCAAAGUGCUACUUUGCACAUUUUCUUAAAAUGCCUGUGCUUAAUAUUUAAUCAUUUUCCUUAAAUGAACUUCUAUGAUUUUCUUCUAUUCAAUUUCAAAGGAAAAAAAAAACAUUUUUUUAAAAAAAUCUUGAUAAGUGGACUGCAUUAUUUUCUUGCAUAUAUGUUGCACUGCUUAAACCAAUAAGUGCACUACUGUUAACAGAGAUAUUAUAGUUUUAGAAAAGAGGAUUUUUUUUUUAAAUCUAACAUUUGGUUGUAGAGUUCACAUGUAAUAGAAUAGCUUUGUUUCAAUUUAUUCAUUAAGUAAUUCAGUGGUUCUUGGCUUUUGUUAUCGCUUGCAGUUUCCUAAAGUAUAUCCUUGUGCCGUGUUAAUGCAAGCAUUUAUUUUUAUUUAAAUAUGUACCAUAAUGUGUGCUCAUCUAUGUUUUAACCUUUUUAAUUCAUUCUUUUAUGGAGUUAGCUCCCUAUAACAGUUAAUCAAUUGCAUUUCUUUAGAAACAGACAGAGUUUUCCUUCAAGAACAUCCAAGCCAAACAACAUUAACAGUGAAACAGUAAUAAUAAACACAACUCCCGUCCAACUCCGUUGGCGGAGGUAAUGAUAAUAAUAACUAUUGUAUUAUUAAUAGUAAUACAUUUAAAAUGUGUGUGUGUGUAACAUAAAUGAUAUGUGUGUCCUAGAACAACUUUCUGUGGGUUUUAAGGUGUGGGAGGUGAUGGAAUGCAGCUUCUUUGAUAUCUGUCUGUCAGUUGUACACAGUCGUGUCCCUUCCUUAGUGUUUGUAUGUCUGUGAGUGUCUGUGUGGUAUUUAGCCUAAUCAAACUGUUAAUAAGUGGAAUAUCUGAACUGUAGGGCUUCCUUUGCAAUAUGCAGCGCAGGUACUAUGAGAAGCAGCUCUCCAAACCUUUUGGGUUAACACGGCACCGGUAACAUUUAUUCUGAGAUUUGACAAAAGCCCAGGUCACGUACUGUUGUACUUCAUUGUUCCCGUUUGGAGAAGUUAUAUCCAGCUUUUUGAAAUUUCAUAUAAUUGCUACUAGAUUUGUGAUCCCUGUGGAGUCAGCUGGAGUGAAGUCAAGUGAUGAGCAUGUGAGACCUGGAGAGAUUUUGUAUUCUGGUUUCUCCUCGGCUAAAAAAAAAUAAAAAAUGAAAAAAAAAAUGCUGAACAAGCGUGAGGUGAGUCCUCAGUAAAAGUAGCACAUUAUUUAACAUUUGAUUAGGCCUGUCUCCUUUGGUGUGCAUAUACGCCUAAAUUGUAUGGUUCCUGUUUGUAGCUGUUGUUGCCAGGAUGGCAAUAUUGCUGCAUUCUAGUGCUAUAUUUGUCCCUACACAGCACGUGGAGGGUAAUCUCAUGCCUUAACAGACAAUGCACUAAAUAGAAAAUGUAAGCAACUGCCGAGAUCUCUUUCCAACAGUACUGCCACGUGUGUGGCACAGCUCAUGAUGUUGGUGUUGUUGUCUGUUCAGUACCAAGUUAAACACUGCCAAACUAACAUCAUCACUUCUUUGAAAGCAAAGGCAGAGACAUGAAUUUAAUUGUUUCAGUGUAACGUGUGUAUUCAGUAAUCUAGCAUUCCUUCAUGGCACCUAAAUUUUUACAUAUUUUGUGUAAACACAUAUAUCAAAUGCACUAUUGACUGUAGCUAGAUGAGUACAACCAGCUUUGUGGUAUCAUUGGUCUAAAUAGUAGGUUAAGUAGCUCGAUGUUGGUUUUUUGAACUAUUUGAUUUCAGAAUUACACUAGCAAUUGUUUCUCUAUCUUCUUUUUUUUUGGAAUAACUAAAGUAGCCAAUCUCAACGUUAUCUGGAUGAGGGCUAAUAACUCGUCCAAUCGUCAGUUGACUUCUUGUAUCAUAAGGUGUUUGAUAGCAGACCGGGCUUGGAAGGGGGUGAACUUUCACUCCAGUGUGUCAUAACAUGCUUCAGCAAAGCCAGGCUCCCCCCCCCCCCCCCCCCCCCCCCCCCCCUCCUCCCCUGUUGCAUUAGCAUCACAUGCUCUUCACUGUCCAUAGUUAUAUAUUCCUUAUUCUGCUUCAGCUACUUGUGGUGGUGCUUAAUUCUCUUUUCUCAUUGUUGCAGAAAAAGUUGGUUAGAAAUUGUUGAAAAAGUUGCAACAUUAUCCAUAAAAAUAAGUCCUUAUCUCAAUUGUGCUUCUUCUAGUUGUUAGUUUGAAAAAAAAGAAAGUCUAGACUUUAUGUUUUCAAAGUGUUCGCAUAUUUUCCAGAACAAAACAUAUUGAAAAGUAGAUAAUAGCCUUGAGCCUGCAGCUGUUUGUAUUGUGUUUCAAAUAUAUUACUGUUCAUGUUUUGUUUAUCUAGUGUAGAGACACAGGGUCUACAGUACAUUGUUGUCCUUCUUGCAGUAUGUUUAAUUCAUCAUUAUACUUCUUAAUUUCAGAUUUCCUCCUGCUUUUUUUAUGGUGAUCAUAGUGGUGUUGUUUAUACAUACAUAGCUUCACGCAACUGGAUAAAGGAUAGUCAGUUAUUGAGUCCUAUUUCACAGUGUACUAUAUAUAUGCUUAUAUGCUUUGCAUUGUGAUGAAAACAAGGAAAUGGAAGAUAGUAAUGGUGAGGGUCAUGUUGAGUAAGGAACAGGUUCAUUUUAUUUUGAUAAGCAUGAGUCUGUCUUCCUGUUUGUCUUUCAGUCUGUCUCCACACAUUUUUAAGUCAGAUCUUUUUAUUUAAGCUUGAAUAAAAUCACAAAGUUAGGAGUAGAAUACAGAAAACGCAUGAAAACAUCCAGAUAAUACUUAACUGCAUUUUUAUUUUGGGCCUUCUACAGUACACAUAAGAAUGAAAUAGAUAACUUCUUACAAAUAUACUAUAUAUAUUUAAGUAUCACCAUCUCCACACAGAUGAAUACAUGUUCAGAUAGUUUGAUAAAGACAUAAUUGCAGCUAGAGUAUACAGUACCUUGUGGGAUAUAGGGGAUAUGCCUAUCAAGUGCCUAUCAGUACAUACAGCAACUAUACAGAAUAUUCAUAGUUUUUCUCUCCUACAUUGCACAGAUACAGUAUAUACACAAUGGUCUAUUGAAAUAAAUACUAUUUAUACUAUUACUGCUAAGACCUGGAGGUUGUGAGUACAUCCUAAGAGAACCCUUUAAAAUACCUGAAAUGCUCUAUUCAUAUACAGUAAAGGCUACAUCUGCAAGUUUUAUUUUUUAUCUUACAUUUAUACAGCUUGGAGGAUUCAAAGAUAUAAAAUGCGAUCACAUUUUCACGUUUUCAAGUGAAAUAUGCAAAUAGGUUCCGUGGGUUCAGAUGAUUCCUGAGACAUUUAUGUCAUUUCGGAAUUGAAUGACCUUUUUUUCCACGUUGCUCUCUCUCACUGCUGUUUGGCAUCUUACACAUGGCAUUGUUAGUGUCAGUUUUUGCCAUUUGCAAACAAGCCAUAUUUACUGUACCGUACGUGGGGAGGGGGGCAGUGGCACUUUGUGCACAGCAGAGGGAGCUACACAUCAGCUGGAAGAGGUUAAGUUAUUGGGUUAUAUAAUAUAUAUAUAUCCAAGCUUGGCAGUAGUUACCUCCACUGGUGAUUUGUGUCCUUUGACCCUGAUGACUAUUACACAUGGAAGUCAAUGCCCAAUUUCCCCACAACGAUCAUUAAAGCGUUAUCUUAUCGUACAGUCUUGUUGUUUAUUUGCAGCUUGAAAUCUUAAAGGGCAAGCAACGAGCAGCGUGGAAAAAAAAGAAACAGGUCAUUUAGAUACUUAUAUCCACUCUGAGGCAAAAUGAGACCACAAAUUGAACGUUUUGGCAACAGAGAACACGCACGUAGCAUUCGAAUGUCUUUAAGUGGUUGGUUUCACCACAUGAAAACAAAACUAACAGAAAAUAUAGUGGAAUAAAAAGCACAAAUCAAGUUUCAGGACCGAGUGGCUGCGAGAUAAAAGGUGUUGGGAUGGCUUAAUAUUCUGUCCCCUGUGGACUAAUUAGUUUUCUCUGUAACCUUCUCCAGCACAGGUACUGUGCCAAAUUUAGGAAGAAAAAAAAAGACUUUUUAAAUUGUACCGCAAUUGUUAAAUGUGAGAAUGACAGCGGACAAACAGAACUUGAAAAUGGUUUUAUAUAUUUUUGAAUCCGCAAAACCUAUAUAAACAUAAUAAGUAACAACAAAACAUGAAUCUUACCAAAAGCAAGUGAUUGCUUAUAUUUUGAAUCUUUAAAUCCUCCAUAAUGCAUAGUUUUCAAAUAAAUAGGAGAAAACAGCUAUGAUUAACAAAUGCACAUUUUGAAGGCUUAGUUUCAUAUACAUUAAAUGUUUAUAUGAAUCAUGAGUAAUAAUAUAGGCUAGUCCCUGUCAUCCAGCCGUCACACUAUGAUGCACACAAACAGCAUCUGUUCAGAUUUUACUGUCAAACAUCCAGAUUCUGUCUUCAUUUUGAACUUUACACACAAACGGUGUAGCAGCUGUUCAGAUUUUAAAGUACAACACAGCUAAACUAAGCUAUACAAACAUCGACAGUAUAUAUGACGCGUUCUCCGAACAUGCAGUUAUCACACUACCCUGAUGAGGUUUUUAAGAGAUAUCAUCAUCAGGUAACUACCAUCCAUCAGUCCAAAUGAAGCAUGCAGUCCUGUCUACACAGCUUUGUUCCUGUAGGGGAGAACUUUGUUUUUGAUGGAGCACAAGCUAUAUUCUGAAUGUCCCUCGAAAAACAGGCUUUCUGUAUCUUUUUUUAAACAUUUUUGUUCACAAUGAUGAGGAGACUAGAGCCCGAUUGAGACUCAGAAGACUAAACAUUGAGCCUCUUUGUGUUCUCAGUCGCUGUAGUCUCUUUUUUUUUUUGGCUUAGUCCAGCUCGACGAGACGAUUCGUUGUAAAGUGCGUUAACUAAAAACAUGCAUUCCUGUUCAAGUCCAGAGCAUUCCAACUCGUAGUCUGGCAUUCAUUUUCCACACUUAACUAACCUAACAUUAAGGAUGAUUUCCAGCCCUUAAUGGUUUUACACAUCUGUUGAGUAUUUGGUCGUGUAGUAGCAAACAUUGCCCAUUACAUCAAAGUUUAGCAUAAUGUCCAUUUCCCUCAAGUUGUUUAAUCUAUUCUCGCUGUUAAUUCAAAUUUUGUCACAAAUCUCAUCCACUUUGAGCACAGCUGAAGCUCGUGUGGGCUGGUUUUAUAGACAACAUGCACUAUGCUAUCACUCUAUUUCUCUAUGUAGGUUUUUCCUUCAUAGUGCAGAGACAUAAAAUACAAAAUAAAAAAAGAUGUUGGUCACUGUCUCAGCCAGCACAUAUUCUGUCAUUACGGACAUUCAGACUUAGAUUUAAACUAUUAGCACUGUAAUGUACCUAAAGGAGGCUGGUGGUUUGUAAAGCGGGGCCAUGCUAAUCAUUAGAAGUCAAAUGAAAAAAAGAAACUGUACUAGACAAUGUUUGUUUUCAUAAACCAAAGAAGGGUUAAGAGAAUUUAAGUUGGAUGGAGAAAGUAACAUUUAUUUUCUGUGCGUGUGUGUGUGUGUGUGCGUGUGUGCGUGUCUGUGUGUGUGUGAGGAAGCGAUUGGGUUAGUUUGCUAUACAGUUGUUUUUUUCUUUGUUUUUCUUCUCAUUGCCGGGUGCUUGUGAAAAUGCAUCUUUGUUUUUUGUCACUUGAUCAGUUGUUUAUAGUUUUGUGGUUGUGUUCAUUUGCCUGUUGUAGACCAAAAUAGUUUUCUUUUCUUUUUUUUUAUAAGAAAUGCAACAAAACAUAAAAAUGAAUCUGACACAGUAGCUGUGAUGUAAACUACCGCAUGUUAAAAACAUGUGUAAGAUUGUAAGUGUUGCAUCGUUCCUCUGACAAAACAUAAUAAUCAUUGGUUAUGUCUUCUAUACACACACAUUUAACAAAUCAGUGUAGACCUGUUCACCUUCACAUUGGAUUAUAUCUAAAUAGUUUUGUGAUAGCAGUUUUCUUCAAAUAUUGGCACUGUCUAAUAUUUCAAGGCUGUCCCUAAAAUACAAAUCUGACAUUGUGACUUUGAGAAACAUUUAGCCAUUUAUACUUGAGAUGGACCAAGUUGUUAAGUUUGCACAUAUUUGUAGGUUGUUUAUUAAGCCAAAAAAGAAAAGGAAAGAGAAUAAUGACACCUUCAGUCUCAGCAAUUCAAGUCAAAUCUAGCUGAUGUGUUCAUGAUCUCUAAGCAAAUAUUCGUUCAUGUUCACUGAAAAAAAAAAGCAUCAGAGCCAGCCAUCAUUACAUGAUAACAAAAUUAAUUGAAAACCAAACUGUAACACGCAUUUUAAUAUCACAACGUGGUCCAAAUAUUUAUGAAAGUGAUUACAUAUAUUUUUGUAAGGACAACACAUCACCUGCGAGCAGAAUGUAAACCAUUUGGCUAAAUCUGACGAUAUUUUAUUACUGUAAGGUCUAAUUCAAGGUGAAUCUGCUGUAUAUUUUUCAUCCUGUGUGUUCAAAAUAGGAAACUUAAUUACUGUAAUUCGGGCAAUGUUUUGUACCUGGGGCGAAGACAGAACUUCUCAAACAUUGGCAUUAAAAUCAGAAAUGACAUGCGCCCUAUUAAAAGCAGCUUAGGUUUGUUCCUUCAUCCGGCUUUCAGGCUUUUUCCUGCCAUAUCUUGUAUGUAGAUGCUUUUUGUAAACAUGCACUUGAGUUGAACUAUAAGAUGUGCUUAUAAAUAUGUGUAUAUUUUGUUAGGCUUUCGUUUGCCUAAGUUAGCUUGAUAUUUUAUGAUUUUCCCUAAAAAAAAAAACUUCUCCUGUAUAGUUAUGAACUUGGCAGAAGUGGAGCUGUUGUAGUAAAAGGUAGUUAACAUCACAACUAAGCAACCCUGAAAUAUAUGCUGCAGUAAUGUGUUUUCAGAUUGUUUUUGAUAAUUUAUGCUCCAAGUUGGUUUGUAUUUUAUUAUUAUUGUUAUGAAACAAGCUUGUUUGAAAUGUAUUGACUGCUGUUUUGAAAGAGGGGAUAAAGUUUGUUUGUUUUUUAAUGUAUGUGCAAGGACGUUUUUAUAAUAUGAUUUGUCAAACACUGGACUGGAGUGAGUUUUCCAACAUUUCCAAGUUGAGAGAUGUAUUUGACAGACAUAACUGCACAGACAACACCCGUUAGCACAGAUGUGAGCUGACAGAGAAGCACAUCCUCCCAGCUGUACCGGGCAGGGUGACUUAACAUGGCCGCCAUCCUCCCGUUCAAAAUAGGAGUCAUUCAGAUGUAAGACGUUAUGACAUUUCCUUUGUGCUAGUUGAUUGCAUUUAUUGGGUGAUGGGAUAUGUAAUAGGAACUAUUUAUUAGGGUUUUCCUUCCAAAUUGCUGCACGGCAUCGACUGGUGACAGUUAUUUCUGAAAAAGAAAGAGUGCUCUCUUAAAUAUUCAGAAACAUCGUAAAGGGAUUCCACUUGACAGCUAUCGGCUUAUCAGAUCCACCUGGUAUGUUCUGGCUGUGGUCAGAUAUGACAGUUGAGUCUCAUUAACCCAAACGCCACUUCUCAAACCAGAAAAGAAAUUUGCACUAGACUUAUUUUGGUCUUCUUCUAUCCAAAGCAAUAUAAAUCACUAAACACGUUUUUGAAUCAUAGUUGUCGCCCAUGCUGAGUAAAUGCUGAUAUUUGACAAGUUUUGAUUUGUUUUUGUAUUCAAAGGUACAUAAAUCAGUCGCUUUUUUAAAUGCACAUCCACAUAGUGUCGUUGGUAGAAGGGUUUUACUUCUCCCCGAGUCCUGGUGUCCAGAUUUGAGGCGCAUUAAAACUUGUUGUUUCCUCCUGUGAUUGUUUUGGACAAAUCAAGCCGCUUUGAAAGUCAGAGAGUAUGAGGGAAGGAAUCAUCUUCCACAAAUCAAAUGUUGAUUGUUUUCAUCACAUUUGAAGACAAACAAAUACCAAAAGUUAAACCCAGCUGUCCACUGUUGUGCGCACCUGUCCCGUAAAAAACACUUGUCUUCUCUGCAAAUUUGGUCACUUUGAGUCCUUUUUUUACUGGGAUGUUUAAAAAAAAAAUGCUUUAAAGUGAAAUAAUAAUACUUAUUAAACGGAAGAGAGAAGAAAAAAAAUCCAAACGCACCUUUUUGUCGUAUAAACACAGCAUCAUUGGCUACAUAUAUAGAGAAUCUGUGUCCACCAAAUUGUGUCAUACUUCAUCCUUUUUCAACGAGGUCAUUCACAACAGCAGUAAUUAUUGACCUUAACGUCAUUAUUUUGUUGAUGGAUAAGUGUACAUUUUUGAAUAAUUCACAAACAGCAAAACUUCACCAUUUUAUCUGGAUGUAGUAGCUUUCCUGUUUUCACCGCUUUGUGGUGUUGUUGAAAGAUGUUGCGGUUUGUCUAAAUAUGUUGCGUGUUAGAGGAAGCAUAAGUAUGUGCCUUCUUGUAAUCUCCUUGGUGAGCUUGUUAUUAUUGAGAAGCUGAAGCCAGCCAAUUGUGUUUGCACUAAAACCAAAUUGCUUUUGUGAUGUGGACUAUUUAAGCAAGCUUGUUGCGUCACUUUAACCGUACAGUAUGCAUGAGGGUGAAAUUGGUAAGUCUAGGGCUAGAGCUCUCAUCUGUUGACCUGUAAACCAGUGCAGCUUAGAGGAUCUUGUGAAUAUAUCUUGGCUUAGUUUUGCAUUCAGUUUUCAAUUCCAUCUCCUUACUCAUCAAGUUUGUCACAGUUUCUACAGUUAAAAAAAUAGAAAAAAAUAGAAAAAAAACAGCAAAUAACACAUACCAUGAAUACAAUACAGCUUUUACUUUCACAUGCCACAGUUAGAGAAUUACACAACUGCAGUAGAGAUAUUGAUUUCUCUGAAUCCAUGGGAAUACAUGAGUAUACGAGGUCGCCUCAAGACUAUUGGUCAAAUUCAUUUAGGUUGUUUUUGAAAACUUGUAUUUAUUACAUAUUUUGUCGACAUCUAAGAAAGGCCUACAUGCUUUGAGUCUUACAAAUGCACCUUAUUCAUGUCAGUCCAUGUGAGGGGGAAAAAGGCUGGCAAUGUAAUAUCUCUGAUUUAGCACCUUACUACACAGCAUGUUUUCACUUUAUGCCAGUUUAGCUAUUCUUCCAUAUUUAUGAUUUUCAAAAAUAAAUCUCAGACUUUGUGAAAUUGUUUCAUGGGAUGUGCCAAAGUUUGGAGGCGAUCUCCCAAGUGUUUAUGCUUAUCAUUUUAUUUUCCUCCUCCUUCAGUUAUAGCAAUGGUAUGUCAAAACUUUCCUAUAACAGUGUGUGGAAUCAAUUUAUCUCAGCAAACAGUAUCAUUACUUGCCAUUUUACAAUAAGCCCUGUAUUUCACAUAUAUUUACCAGUGAUGUGUAUUUGUUAUUAUAAAGAAAAUAGCCGUAAAAGCUUCAUUAUGUUACAUAAUAUUGUGACUUUUUUCGAAAAACUGUGAAGACUUAUCUUGCAUAUACUUUAUACAGAAGUAUUAAGCCUUAAUACAAAAGACUAAAAAAAGUGUGGAAGAAUAAACUGAUUGUUGCUAAGUAAGGAUGAUUUUUGUAAAUGUUACCAGCACUUUUUUUGUAAUUUUCACUCUCUGAGGUAUUGUACAAGUUCAAGCUGUUUGUGAAGUUUGAUUAUGAAGGAAUAAAAACUAGUACUUUCCUGUACUUCACAGAAA